AUGCCCCCCGGGUCCGGCGACAAGCGUGACCAGCCAAUGGGCUCUGGUGGCUUCUCUGGCUCCAACCUCUACGCCAACAGCGCCAUCUGGAACGCUUCCUUUCAGGGCGCCCGCGAGCGAUUCAUCAGCAGCCAAGAACCCGUCGAGAACCAAGCCGCCGGCUCCAGCGCCCUCAAUGCCAACUCCGAGGCAGAUGUCUGGCCCGGCGCUGCCCCGAACCCAUGGGGCACGAACUCCAGCAACGACCGACCCGGCCGCUCCGUCAGCACCUCCCCUAGCCGAACCCGAGAUGGAGCCAUGCCCAACGGCUCCAGCUACUUCGAUGCGCAUAAUCCGGUGACGAGCCGCGGCACCUUUGGCAGACCUGAUGAGCACAAGAUCUAUGCUACCUCCCUUGCUUCUAUCCUCUCUUCCUCGCGACAAUCCCAAGGCUCUCCGGUCUUCCAGGAUCACUAUCGCCCCGGGCACACCCCGAGCAACUCGAUCCACUCCCAGCGCCAGAUGUCGAACCACACGACGUCCUACUCCACCCAGAGCGCGAACCAGCGCGCGUUCAACAUGAACAAGCAGAUCGAGGAGGACGUUUCGGCUCAGUUCAGCCGGAGACUGGCGCUGGAGAGCUCCAAUGGCACCUCGUCCUAUGCCCAGAGCCAGCAGGCAUUCCAGCUGAACCCUGGCUCGCAGCCAUGGACCGCCGACGGCCCCAGUACUCGAUUUGGCGGUUUGGACACGACCGCAUCGGACGCUCUCGCCGCUCACUAUGCGUCGUCCUCGAAGCGGCCCUCUGUCGACAGGAUUUCUCCGGCCCCUAGCUAUCGCCUCGAGUCCAACAACAGCCCGCGGUCGUACCAGCCGAGCCCAGAGGCUUGGUCCAGCAGAUCUUCUCGAGACCCGAGAAUCGCAGAGCUCGAGCGCCGCACUCCGGCACAGCAGUUCCCCGCCGGCUUUCAUCCCCAGUACUUUCCGAACCCGUACGCGCCCUACGUCCACCUACCGCCCGCCCAGUUCCAGCAGGGCUUCAUCGACCCCUAUAGCCAGACCUUCCGACACCAUCCGUUGAUGGCUGGAUAUGGGCUUGCCACGAUGCCGGCGCCGUACGGUCUGGGCUCGGGUCUACCCCCGGUCAGACCUUCCCGAGAGCAGGACGCGGGCAAGGGCAUGCGCAGCGCACUGCUGGACGAGUUCCGCGUCAGCAACAAGUCCAGCAAGCGGUUCGAGCUCAAGGACAUCUACCAUCAUGUUGUCGAGUUCAGCGGCGACCAGCACGGCUCCAGGUUUAUCCAGCUGAAGCUGGAGUCAGCCAACAGCGACGAGAAGGAGCAGGUCUUCCGCGAGAUCGAGCCCAACGCCAUCCAGCUGAUGAAGGACGUGUUCGGAAACUACGUGGUCCAGAAGUUCUUCGAGCACGGUAACCAAGUUCAGAAGAAGGUUCUAGCGGAGAAGAUGAAGGGCAAAGUCAUCGACCUUUCGGUGCAAGUCUAUGCGUGCCGAGUGGUCCAAAAGGCAAUGGAGCACGUGCUGGUCGAGCAGCAGGCCGAGCUGACUCGGGAGCUCGAGCCCGAGAUCUUGAGGGUCAUCCGAGACCAGAACGGCAACCACGUCGUUCAAAAGAUCAUCGAGACCCUGCCGCGGCAAUACAUCGAUUUCAUCAUGAACGCGCUCCGAGGUCAGGUGCCUAGCCUUGCCGCCCACACCUAUGGCUGCCGGGUCAUCCAGCGGAUGUUGGAGCACGGCACAGAGGCGGACAAGGCGGAGAUUAUGGUUGAGCUGCACGCGUCUGCGCACAUGCUGAUUACGGAUCAGUUCGGCAACUACGUGGCGCAGCACGUCAUCGAGAAGGGCAAGCCCGAGGACAGCAAGAAGAUGGUUGAGCUCGUCAUGAACCAGCUGCUUACGCUGUCCAAGCACAAGUUUGCGUCCAAUGUUGUCGAGACAUGCAUCCAGUAUGGGACUGCGGAGCAGCGGACGCGCAUCCGAGAGCAGUUCAUGACGGUCGGCAGCGACGGGACAAGCCCGUUGGGGCAGAUUAUGCGCGACCAGUACGGCAACUACGUUAUUCAAAAACUCCUGUGUCAACUUGAGGGUGCGGAGCGUGAGGCGCUUGUCGAGGUUAUCAGGCCGCAAUUCUUCAGCAUCAAGAAGGCCAACCCGUCUCGCCAGGUCCAGGCUCUGGAGAAGAUGCUUGGCCUCGGACCGGGGGGCGAGGGUGCCAAAGCCGAUGCCGCCCUGACGCAGUCCGACAACGCAUCCCAGGCCGACGCAACAGGCGCGGACUCGGCCGCGGCCACGCCGGCCUUGACCAACGAGGGCGUCAGCCCGCAGAGCAGCAGCCCUCCGAGCACGCACGUGAGUGCCGACGGCAUCUCGACAGACCAAGGGUCCAAGACGCUGUCCGAGCAGGUGCCUCAAGGGUCCCACCUCGGGGUUCGAGAGCCGGACGCGUGA